AUGUCGGGCUCGGACCAUACGGCGCAGCCAGAUGCCUUGAUUCGCACGGAAGAUGGCAGGAAUUACUGGGAAGGUGUCGGCGCCGAUGUUAAUGGGAUGCUCGGGGGGGUCACCUCUGUUGCUGGCUUUUCCAACAUCUCCAAAGUGGACUUGCAGGGCUCACGCAGCUUUCUAGCCAAGCUGGGCAUUGGCUCUAAGAAUGGAAGGCGUAUUGUGGCUAAUGCACUCGAGGGCGGGGCUGGUAUCGGUAGGGUCACUGAAGGCCUCCUCGCCGAUGUGGCGGAGCAGAUGGAUGUGAUUGAGCCAGUGGCCAACUUUACUAAGACUCUGCAAGCCAAGAAGGGCGUGCGCAACGUCUUCAGCGUCGGUUUGGAGGACUGGAUGCCUGAACAGGGGAUCCUAUAUGACCUGAUUUGGACACAGUGGUGUGUAGGUUACCUUAACGAUGAGCAGCUACUGCAAUAUCUGGAGCGAUGUCGGGAAGUGCUGAAACCCGACGGUGGACUCAUUAUUGUCAAGGAGAAUCUAACGACGAGCGGUGUUGAUCUAUUUGAUGAAGCGGAUAGCAGUGUUACGAGGGAAGACGGAAAAUUCCAAACCAUCUUUCAGCAAGCGGGGUUGCGUAUUGUCAAGUCCGAGAUCCAGAAAGGUUUCCCAAAGACAUUUCCCAGGAGACUAUUUCCCGUAAAGAUGUAUGCACUAAAACCAAAAUCAAAAAUGUGA